GAGGCGGGAGGCGGGGAGACAGGGCAGCCCGGAUCAGAAACAUCCUGCAGCAUCUCCGCAUCCGGAGGAAAACUACAUUUGGGCGAACUCCGGUGGAAAAGCGCCCCAAGCUGUCACAGCCUAGAGAUCUUGGGGCUGCAGCCCUCGCGGCCUGCCGACGGGGCAGAGGGCGCCGGUGGAACUGGCUCCUUGCAGCUCUGCGGCGGCGCGCGGACCUCGGCUGUGUGCGAGGUGGCGGGGGAGACUGGCGGGAUGCGAGCCGGAACUCGGUCCCAGCAUCUUCUACCUCCUCAGGACAACCGCGCAGCCAUGGGCUACCAGAGGCAGGACCCUGUCAUCCCACCGCAGAGAGAUCUAGAUGACAGAGAAACCCUUGUUUCUGAACAUGAAUAUAAAGAGAAAACCUGUCAGUCUGCUGCUCUUUUUAAUGUUGUCAACUCGAUUAUAGGAUCUGGUAUAAUAGGAUUGCCUUAUUCAAUGAAGCAAGCUGGGUUUCCUUUGGGAAUAUUGCUUUUAUUCUGGGUUUCAUAUGUAACAGACUUUUCCCUCAUUUUAUUGAUAAAAGGAGGGGCCCUCUCCGGAACAGACACCUACCAGUCUUUGGUCAACAAAACCUUCGGCUUUCCAGGGUAUAUUCUCCUCUCUGUUCUUCAGUUUUUGUAUCCUUUUAUAGCGAUGAUAAGUUACAAUAUAAUAGCUGGAGAUACUUUGAGCAAAGUUUUUCAAAGAAUCCCAGGAGUUGAUCCUGAAAACGUGUUUAUUGGUCGCCACUUCAUUAUUGGGCUUUCCACAGUUACCUUUACUCUGCCUUUAUCCUUGUACCGAAAUAUAGCGAAGCUUGGAAAGGUCUCCCUCAUCUCUACAGGUUUAACAACUCUGAUUCUUGGAAUUGUAAUGGCGAGGGCAAUUUCAUUGGGUCCACACAUACCAAAAACAGAAGAUGCUUGGGUAUUUGCAAAGCCCAAUGCCAUUCAAGCGGUCGGGGUUAUGUCUUUUGCAUUUAUUUGCCACCAUAACUCCUUCUUAGUUUACAGUUCUUUAGAAGAACCCACAGUAGCUAAGUGGUCCCGCCUUAUCCAUAUGUCCAUCGUGAUUUCUGUAUUUAUCUGUAUAUUCUUUGCUACAUGUGGAUACUUGACAUUUACUGGCUUCACCCAAGGAGACUUAUUUGAAAAUUACUGCAGAAAUGAUGACCUGGUAACAUUUGGAAGAUUUUGUUAUGGUGUCACUGUCAUUUUGACAUACCCUAUGGAAUGCUUUGUGACAAGAGAGGUAAUUGCCAAUGUGUUUUUUGGUGGGAAUCUUUCGUCGGUUUUCCACAUUGUUGUAACAGUGAUGGUCAUCACUGUAGCCACGCUUGUGUCAUUGCUGAUUGAUUGCCUUGGGAUAGUUUUAGAACUCAAUGGUGUGCUCUGUGCAACUCCCCUCAUUUUUAUCAUUCCAUCAGCCUGUUAUCUGAAACUGUCUGAAGAACCAAGGACACACUCCGAUAAGAUUAUGUCUUAUGUCAUGCUUCCCAUUGGUGCUGCGGUGAUGGUUUUUGGAUUCGUCAUGGCUAUUACAAAUCCUCAAGACUGCACCCACGGGCAGGAAAUGUUCUACUGCUUUCCUGACAAUUUCUCGCUCACAAAUACCUCAGAGUCUCAUAUUCAGCAGACAACACAACUUUCUAUUUUAAAUAUUAGUAUCUUUCAAUGAGUUGACUGCUUAAAAAAAAAUGUAUGUUUUCAUAGACUUUAAAAUACAUAACAUUUACAUGUUUUAGUCUGUAUUUAUAUUAUAUAAAAUUGUUAUUUUGGCAUUU